GUCGACAGCUCCAAACGUACGGCAGAUUUUCGCUCUUCUUCGAUACAAUGUCUGGCGCUACGGGUGCGCGUCAUUGGGAACAGGACAAGGAAGCCACUGUUUAUGUAGGCAACAUCGAUGAGCGCGUCACGGAUCAGUUGAUAUGGGAGCUUAUGCUCCAGGCCGGUCGCAUCCAAAAUGUCCAUCUUCCAAAGGAUCGCGUUACACAGACACAUCAAGGUUACGGCUUCGUGGAGUUUAUGUCUGAGGAAGAUGCCGAAUACGCGGCCAAAAUUAUGAACCAGAUACGAUUACACGGAAAACCGAUCCGAGUCAACAAAGCCUCAGCCGACAAGCAAAAGACGAUUGAGGUCGGCGCCGACCUUUUCAUUGGAAAUCUUGACCCGAUGGUGGACGAAAGCAUGCUAUACAACACUUUCCGACGUUUUGGCAAUCUGACCAGCGUCCCAAAGAUCCAACGCGACGAAGCCGGACUCUCCAAGGGAUUUGCCUUCAUCUCAUACGACGACUUCGAUUCAUCGGAUGCUGCUAAGGAACACAUGAACGAACAAUACAUCAUGAACAAGGCUAUCUCGGUAGAAUAUGCAUUCAAAAAGGACAACAAGAACGAACGCCACGGUGACGAGGCUGAGAGACGCCUCGCGAAACAAGCAAAGGCUCGUGGUGUCAUGCCCGCUGCCCAACCGCUACCAGCACAGUUGUUCCAAACGCCAGUCCACGCGCCGUCCGGUCCACAGUCGAUGAUGAAUGGAGAUGGAAGAGGAAUGCCUCCAACUCCUACUGCCCCUGGAUUUGGAGGGCCACCACAUGCGCGCCCUCCCGUUCUGCCUCCGCCUCCAUCUGGGUUGCCUGCUCGUCCUCCAAGCGGCGCACCGCCGGCAGGCUUUAAUCCUUACGUCCCGCCACCGCAAGGCUUCAAUGCGCCCCCUCCUGGCUUCAUGCCUGGACAAGGACCUCCCGGACAAGGACCGCCUGGACAAGGACCGCCUGGAUAUGGUCCACCUGGCGCAGGACCCCCAGGAUUCUCUCACCCACCCCCUGGCUAUCCUCGCCGAUGAGCCGUCUGAUACCCCCAAGCUAAUAAAUCACGAAAUGACUUGGACACAACCAAAAGCAGCACCGCGGGUCGAUGGACGUUAUAUUAACCAACGAAGAUAUUCCGGCGCCCAAGUCGGCUCUUGUCAGACUCUUGUCGGAAUACAGAUUGAGUAUGCGGUUCCAAAGUCGAACUUACAGAACGUUUGACCUGGUGGGUUAAAAGGAGCUGCUAUGAGACGCCAGAUGACAUGGAUCACUGUGCGCAUAGUGGAAAGAUAAUGGUGGAUUUGCAGAAAUUUUUGGUAUUUUGGCUUGAAGUCUUCAUUCUAUAGAC